GCAGUUGUUCGCUCAGGAAACUCAACUAAACGCAAGGAGCUUUACUCCCCAAGAACCACUGGCAACAUGGUGAUGCUGCGAGUUGAAGACCUGGUGACCGGUAAACAGAGUGAGGUGAAAUCCGGCGGAUGGGAGGCCGAGCCUCCAUCGGUGCAGGAAGAGUUUGGCAGCGGGGAAUAUUGCUCUGCGAUGGCGAUCGAGAAACAGGACGGUGUGAAAAGCCGAACGGCGCCAUUCCCGUUCAUCCCCUGCCCUAAGCACCAGAAAGAGAAACUCCAGCCGGUGCCACGCAACAAAAAUGUUAAGCCAGCGGUGCAGAGGCUGAAACUUGAAACGGUGGAUGAUCUCCAGUUCCUUGUCAGCCUGAAGAAACACAAACAACCCAGGGCCGUUGUUGUAGAACCCGUACCUCAGCCGGAACCCGACACUAUUGUUGGACCUGUAGAUGCGGAGACCUUUUGGCAAGCAGCGGUAGAAAAUAAUCUCCCUGUGAUUGAGAAAUACUUGGCCGACGGGGGGCAACCAGAUAUAUGCGACCAGUUUAACAGGACUGCCAUGCACCGGGCCUGCUCUGAGGGGAACGAGGAAAUUGUACUGAAACUACUAGAAGCCGGAGCCUCCACUGAGUUUCGAGAUAUGCUCGAUGCCACAGCGGUCCACUGGUCUUGCCGUGGUGGUAGCCUGGAAGUGCUGAAAACCUUGUUAAACAACGAUGCAAAUGUAAACGCCAAAGACAAGCUAUGUAGCACUCCUUUACACGUUGCUGUCCGAACUGGGCAUUAUGAAUGUGCUGAACAUCUUAUCGCAUGUGGAGCAGAUCUGAAUGCCAGAGAUAUAGAAGGAGACACUCCUAUGCAUGAUGCAGUCAGGCUAAGCCGUUACCGAUUGAUGAAGCUUCUGAUGAUUUAUGGAGCCAAUCCAACUUUAAAAAACUGCAAUGCACAGACACCGAUAGACCUUGUUCUACAGUGGCAAACUGGUACAAAGGAAAUCCUUAACCAAUUUAUGGAAAAUUCACACAAGUAACCAAAGUGAUGCUUGCUUCGUGCAAAUUACAUCCCAUCCCCACCCCCCCAAGAAUGACCAGUGCAUUCGCCUGCUGUGGCAGAUUGUGAGGACUUGAACACUCAUUAGAACAUUAGUUUAAAUGUGAUGUAGUACUGUGAUUAUUUAUUACAAUUGUUUAAGUUCACAACUUGAUGAAAAUGAACUAUGAGAUCCAGAACAUUGAAAUUAUUUUCAAAGAAGACUGGAAUCUCUGACCUUUUUGACUGUCAGUAAAGAAGUUUAUUCUGAGAACCUUGAAUGGUGAAGAAGUUAAGGCCGUGGGAUGCUGGAAAGCUGAAAGUUGGAGUAAUUUAUCAGUGCACGGUUGAAAUGUUAGACAUAGUGGGAGGGAUGAGUAUUUAAAAUCUUGCAAAUGAUUUUACUACCCAAUAUCUAAAUCAGCAAUGGUGACAUUUAAGUUCCAUUGCAUCCCUCCAUCAUUUCAAUUAAGAUGGCAACUCAACUAUUAAAAGUAAUUUCUUAUUUAAAUAAGAAUUGGAAAGAGAUCUUGGAAGAAAUGAAGGUAUGAGUAAGUACUGAAUAUGGGAAAACAGUAAGUGGGGAUUUAUGAAACUUGUGAACUGAAUAAUUAGGAUGUAAUCAACGAUGAUGUAAAAUUUGUAUAUUUCUAUAGUUGUUUGAAAUUUGUAAAUUUUGUACACAUUAAGCAUUUAUUGUUAUUUAUCUGAAGUUUAAGAGUAAGACUACUUUUAAAAGUGGGAUGAUUCCAAUCCACUUUGUGAAUUGAAAUGGAUUGCACAAUUAAAGAUUGCAGUAGGGAGAACAUUUAUCACAGGAAAAUGUCUCCCAAGUUGGAUAUUGAUCAGAGGGAACAGGAAAACUUGAUCAUUUAUAAUGUCACACCCAUUGACAGAGCAGAUCAGAAUGCAAUCCACACUCUAAGUGAAAGCAAAGCACUUGCAAAAUGUGUGGGUUCCUAAAUGUAGCUUAAAAGGGCUGCAGGCAAGCUGCUCAAGGUAAUAUGCUUGUGAACUCCCUCGUACUAUAAAGUUUCAUAACGUUGAUCCACAUUUCUUUUGUAAAAAGGGACAAUUUCUGAUGCAAAGUAUUAAUAGGGAGUUCUAUUUUAAAAGCUUUUGUAUUGUCCUGUUUUGGAUUUUUGAGAUUUUCUUGGAAAACACUGAAUACAAUAUGAUAAAGAAAAAAAAUAAAAGUAUAAAUUUGGA